AUGGCCGGCCUUACCCCAGGCGCAGCGGCUCCUUUGCACAUGGAUGUCGACUCGGCAUCGCUCACCCGACAGCAGGCCCAGAUUCAGCCAGAGAUCUCCUCAACCCACGAAGAUGAGACCAGGGCUCAGUCAGAGUCCUCAGAGGUCAAUGUUGCCGAGGCCAAGAGCACUCUGGCCAGCGUAGACAAGCAAUUGCAGGAUGAACAACGCCAGGCUGCAUCCUCAGAUGUCGAAAAGGGCGACGACUUUAUCCCUUUCAAUCUGCAGGAUUGGCUGCGCAAUUUUGCACAGGAUGCGCAGAUGGAUGACAGCCAGGCAAGCCGAAAGCGUUUGGGUGUCAGCUGGGAGAACCUCGACGUCAUUGGAACGGCUUCGAUGGACCUGAAGGUACCCACCAUUCCCGGUAUGGCCGUGUAUGAGAUCGUUGGCCCUAUCUUCAAGCUGUUGAAGAUGUUCGGCAUCAACCCCGUGAAGCAGGGUCAGAGGAAGCUCCUCCAGGGCUUUACUGGUGUCGCAAAGCCAGGAGAGAUGGUCCUCGUUCUUGGUCGACCUGGCUCAGGAUGCUCGACCUUCCUCAAGACCAUCGCUGACAAGCGCAGCGGUUUCAUCCGAGUCGACGGAGACGUCAACUACGGUGGCAUCGGAGCCAAGGAGAUGGACAAGCGCUUCCGAGGUCAGGUCGUUUACUCGGAAGAAGAUGAUGUGCACAAUGCCACCCUUACGGUUUCUCGUACCAUCGACUUUGCCCUUCGACUGAAGGCUUCCGGUGCCACGCUCCCCGAUCACACUCAGCGUACCUUCCGUAAGCUCAUCCGAGACACUAUGCUCAAGGCUUUUAACAUUGAGCACACCAAGCACACACUCGUCGGUAGUGCCACCGUACGAGGUGUUUCGGGUGGAGAGAGGAAGCGAGUGUCCAUCAUCGAGGCCCUGUGCUCUAACGCCACCAUUCUCAGUUGGGACAACUCAUCCCGAGGUCUCGAUGCCUCCACCGCCUACGACUACGCCAAGUCGAUGCGAGUCCUCACCGACUUCCUGCAGGCGACAAUGUUCGUCUCCCUCUACCAAGCCUCGGACGUCAUCUACAAUGAGUUCGACAAGGUUCUGAUCAUCGAAGAGGGACGAUGCGUCUACUUUGGUCCCCGUGAGCAGGCACGACAGUACUUCAUCGACCUGGGAUACGAAGACCGACCUCGUCAGACGGCUGCCGACUGGAUUACCGGAUGUACCGACCAGUACGAGCGCCUCUACCAGGAAGGCCGAGGCCCUCACAACGUGCCCUCGACGCCCGAGGACCUCGAGGCAGCCUACAAGAAGAGCGAUGUCUAUCAACUCAUGCUGCAGGACAAGCUUGCUUACGACACUGCCACAAAGGAGGGUCACGUCGACUUCGAAAAGACCUUCAGGACAGCUGUCAAAGACGAAAAGCACACCGGUGUGGGCAAGCAUUCGCAGUACACCGUUUCCUGGCCUGCCCAAGUCUACGCUCUUUUCCUGCGACAGAUGCAGAUGCUCUUGGGUGACAAAUUCGACAUUGCCAUGUCGUACGUCACUUCAAUCGUUCUCGCCCUCGUUGCCGGUGGUAUCUUCUUCGACCUUCCUACGACCUCUGCCGGUGUCUUCACCCGAGGAGGAUGUCUGUUCAUUCUACUCCUCUUCUCGUCCCUGACCGCCUUCGCCGAAUUGCCGACAAUGAUGCUGGGCCGACCGAUUCUGGCUCGUCAAUCUGGCUUUGCAUUCUUCAGGCCGUCGGCUCAGACCGUGGCCUCCCUACUGGCAGAUUUCCCCUUCGGUAUCCCUCGAAGCACCCUGUUCAUCGUGAUCCUCUACUUCAUGUCAGGACUCUACCGAUCAGCAAGUGCAUUCUUCACCGCCUGGUUCAUCGUCCUCAUUGCCUAUUACAGUUUCAGAGCACUCUUCACAUUCUUUGGCGCGGUUACCCGGGACUUCUAUGGUGCCGCUCGACUCGCUGCCGUUGUCAUGACGAUGCUCGUGCUCUGGGCUGGAUAUGUCAUUCCUCAGGCAUCCAUGGCACGAUGGCUCUUCUGGAUCUCAUACCUCAAUCCCGUUUUCUACGCGUUCGAGGCCCUCAUGGUCAAUGAAUUCAGCCGAGUCACGUUCACUUGCGUCGCCUCAAACAUUGUGCCAUAUGGUCCCGGCUACCCAGCAGAUCUUGGACCGAACCAGAUCUGCACCGUCGUUGGAUCGACUCCAGGCUCGGAUCUUAUCCCCGGUAUGGCUUACCUUACUGGGUCGUUCGAUUACCAGUUGUCUCACAAGUGGAGGAACGUCGGUAUCCUUUUGGCGUUCCUCUUUGGUCUUGUCGGUCUUUGCUGCCUGGCCAUGGAAACCUCUGAGCAGGGCACCUUCAGCUCGGCCAUGACCGUCAAGAAGCCCUCGAACAAGGAAGAGACGAAGCUCAACGAGAGGCUCGCUGACAGACGAUCUGGCGCGACGGAGAAGACCGAGGCGAAGCUCGAGGUCUACGGCAAGCCAUUCACUUGGUCCAACCUGAAGUACACCGUACCUGUCAAGGGCGGCAAGCGCCAAUUGCUUGACAGCAUCGACGGCUACGUCGUUCCUGGUACCAUGACGGCUCUCAUGGGUUCUUCCGGUGCCGGAAAGACGACUUUGCUCGACGUACUUGCCGACCGCAAGACCAUUGGUGUCAUUGAGGGUGACCGUCUUAUCGAGGGCAAGCCCAUCGACAUCUCCUUCCAACGACAGUGUGGUUACGCAGAGCAACAGGACAUCCACGAGCCCAUGUGCAGUGUUCGAGAGGCUCUGCGAUUCAGUGCCUACCUGCGACAGCCUUACGAGACCUCCAUCGAGGAGAAGAAUCAGUACGUCGAAGACAUCAUUGAGCUCCUCGAGUUGCACGAGCUCGCCGAUGCCAUCAUUGGUUACCCUGCCUUUGGUCUAGGUGUCGGAGACCGAAAGCGUGUCACAAUCGGUGUCGAAUUGGCUGCCAAGCCUUCCAUGCUUUUGUUCCUCGACGAGCCCACGUCUGGUCUCGACGGUCAGUCCGCCUUCACCAUCUGCCGUGUGCUCAAGAAGCUCGCCGACGCUGGACAGACCAUCCUGUGCACCAUCCACCAGCCAUCAUCGCUUCUCUUCGAGACCUUUGACCGACUGCUUCUUCUGCAACGAGGUGGACAGGUUGUCUACAACGGUCCCGUUGGUAAGGAUGGACAGCACCUCAUCAAGUACUUUGCCGACCGUGGUGCCCAAUGUCCUCCCGGAAUCAACCCCGCCGAGUUCAUGCUCGAUGCUAUUGGAGCAGGAAGUCAGCCUCGUAUGGGUAAGAAGGACUGGGCCGAGCACUACCGUGAGAGCUCGAUGCAUCAGGACAACUUGCGCAAGAUUGAGGAGAUCAACCGAGAGGGAGCCAGCAUCCCGGCUACCAAGGUCAACAAGGGUUCCGAGUACGCAGCCCCAUGGUUGUUCCAGUUCAAGGUUGUCCUCAGGCGUACCUUGCUCUCCACAUGGCGUCAACCUUCGUACCAGUACACCCGUCUCAUCCAGCACAUCGUCUUUGCUCUGCUCACCGGUCUCCUCUUCUUGCAGCUGGGCAACAACGUCACCACUCUGCAGUACCGAGUCUUUGCCUUGUUCAUGCUUGCCGUCAUUCCGGCUAUCAUCAUGGCCCAGAUUGAGCCCUUCUGGAUUAUGGCUAGGUCUACCUGGAUCCGAGAAGAGACGUCCAAGACCUUCUCUGGCACAGUCUUUGCUGUCACUCAGUUGAUCAGUGAGGUACCCUAUGCUAUCGUCUGUUCUACGGCCUUCUUCCUGUUGCUCUACUACCUGGUCGGCUUCCAGACUGACUCUAACAGGGCAGGCUUCUUCUGGGUCAUGACGUUCCUGACGGAACUCUUCGCGAUUACGAUUGGAACCAUGAUCGCAUCGUUCUGCGCCAACGCUUACCUUGCAUCGCUGUUCACACCGUUCCUCAUCGUCAUCAUGUCCCUGACUUGCGGUGUCCUCACCCCACCGGCGUCUAUGCCCAACGGCCUCUACAACCAGUUCCUCUACAACGUCAACCCUAUUCGCUUCUCCAUCUCUUCCCUCAUCGCCAACGAGUUCCAGGAUCUGCCAGUCGUUUGCGACGAAUCUGAGUUCUACACUUUCUCGCCUCCUGCAGGCCAGACUUGUGGAGCCUACGCAGGACCCUACAUUGCCAGCGCAGGAGGCUACCUCAACAACCCCGAUGCUACCACUGGCUGCCAAUACUGCACUUACUCGACUGGAUCGGAAUUCUUUGGUGCAUUCGACAUCACUUUCGGAGAGCGAGGCAGGGAUCUGGGCAUCAUGAUUGCCUUUGUUGCCUUUAACGCCAUCCUCACCGUCGUCUUCACAAAAUACCUCAAGUUCUCUAACAGAUAG